AUGUAUUUAAUAAGAAAUACUGAACUCUAAACAGGUGCUUAUAAGAAUGUGAUUAGAGAAUUUGAAAUAACAAAACAACUAGAUCAUAUCAAAUAAUUCAAAGAGAAAAUGAAAAGGCAAUUAGUAAAAAUUUUACCACUUUGA